AGCAAGCCGCGAUGGAGCCAACCUGGGUUCGCAGUACCACAGGCACAACCUCACCCACCCACUCCGCCGCCGUUACUGUGCCCUGCGGCGUCAUUCGCCUGUCGCGGUUUAUCUGCCCAUCUGCCGCCAUUUAGUUGUGGGUGCGCCCAUGCGACCGCCGCCCUGCCAAUCUGCCUUUACCGUAGUAGCCCAACGUCACCACUUUCGCGUGUUAAAUAUCACUUCGACCUUCGUAUAAACACCACCACACCACCCCCACCGCCGGGUACCGCCCACCAUGUCUUUCUUUGGCUUUGACCCCAGCGGCCCGAGGGACCGCGGCCACGCAUCCAAUGCGCCCGGCUUUGGCCAGCACGAUGCCUUCGCCGCACUGGGUGGAGGGGCAGCCGAUGACGAUGUCAUCGACUUCGAGGAGACGUACGACGGCCUAGGCGAUCAGCUCGACGACGAUGCCGAUGACCUCAAUGACGACACCUUUGGUGGCGGCCCUGCCACGCAACAGUCGGUUGGAAAACAUUUCGACUUCGCCGGCCAGACGUCGAUGGUAUCAAACACGCUGCAGGAGGAGCAGAUGCUGUACCAGGCCCGUCAGAAGUACCCCCAGCAGCAGCAGCAGCAGCAGCAACAACACCAGCAGCAAUAUCAGCAACAGCAAACCCAACAGUACCAGCAGAGACCACCCGUCCCCCAGGCAUCGAAGCCAAACCGCACUGGCUACGAGAGCUACAAGGAUCCCGAGUACAUCCCUCAGCUGGAGGCGCGCGCCGACAUCUGGGGUCUCAAGCCUAAGCAGCCCGCUGCGCAGAGGCAGCCUUCGCCGCAGCCACCCGCCGCUUCGCAACAGCCCGCGCCCACUAGAAAGGCCAUGAGCAUGGAAGAGGUUGAGGCCAUGAUGCGCGCUCAGUCCAUAGGCACCCCUCCAGUACAACAAGCCCCACCUCCGGGCUUUCCAGGAUUUGCGCAGCAACAGCAAUUCGCCCAGCAGCAACAACAGCAGCAGCAGUUCCCCCAUGGACAGCCCCAGUACCCCGGCAUGCCAGGACAAUUCGCGCCCCAGAUUUUGCAAAGGCCCCAACAGCAGCAGCCCGUUCAACAAAUGCCGCCUAGACAGCAACAGCAACAGGUCCGCGCUGAGCUCCCGGACCAACCCGUCCGAUCCCAGCCGCUCCAACAGCCCACCAUCCUACAGCGACAAAGGCCCCAAUCCAACGAGCCCGGCGCUCAGCAGCAGCGCCAAGCAACACCCCAGGCUCAGGCCCAGGGCACACCCACCCAGCCUCGACAGAUCUUGCAAAACCCGAACCGGCUGUCAGGCCAAGGCCAGCCUAUGGUUCAGAAUGCUCCACAGGGUCCUCGCGGCGUUCCAGCGGGACACAACCGUGGUCCAUCGUUCCCGGGAAUGGUCAUAACCCACCCCGAGCAGCUUCUGCAGCUAUCCGAGGCCGAGCGUGCCGCCUUCCUUGAAGAAGAUGCUAAGCGGGCUAAGCGGAACCACAAGAUUGCUCUCCUAGCAAAGGACAACGGCCUGAUGACGCCACAGGACAAGAACUUCAUCACCCGAAUCCAGUUGCAGCAACUCAUGACCGCGACGGGCAACUUGGAGGAGAGAGGACCCGAGGCAGCUAUUGCUGAGGACUUCUACUACCAGGUCUUCACCCAGAUCCGGGGCGCUCCACGCCAAAACCCCCAGCAGCCAGCAAGCCAAUUUGCUCAAACAUACCUGUUCCAGACCAACAACAGGUUCGGCAACCGUAGACAAGGCCGAGGCGGGGACAACCAUAUGCAGCGCAUGGAGCAGCAGAUUCAGCGCGCAGUUGAGGCGGCCAAAGCAAGACCAAAGGCCAGGCAGCUUGUUGUGGAAGGUAGUCUUGGAAAGAUUGCGUUCAGCAAUUCCAAGACCCCUCGACCGCUGCUCAACCUGAAGCGGCCAGAGACGAACGAUAAGCUGCCGAAGAACCACCGGUCUUCCAUCGCUGACCGGAAGGAGGCUCUUCGCAACAUCGAGGCGGUAUAUAAGACACUCAUGCAAAUGGAAGACCACGAGCGGGCAAUGCCACCGCCGAUCCAAGAAAGCAGCCCUCCUGAAGCCAUCCAGGCACAUAUGGAGUGGCGUUCGAAGAUCGAAGCGCUUCACCAGCAACUGUGGUUGAACACAAAGAUCAUGGAGCCCAUUAACCCUGCCACACCGCAUCCGUUCAUCUCCAUCCUUUCACACGCCAAGGGAAAGAAGGUACUUCCACGACUUUUCCGCCACAUUAACGAGCAGGAGCGCAUUACUGUCGUAACUAUGAUCGUUGUCCACCUAGACGCUCUCUCCGUGGUCGGUCGUGCUAUUGCUACGCCUGAGGAACCUUUGAGCGCGGCCAUCCGAGAAGAGGUCGACCUUUUCUCUAGCACUGUCAUGUCGCCUCUCCACGCGCACAUCUCAGAGGCGCCGUUGAACAUUGUCAUCGGUCUUCUUGGUCUUGUCCUGGACCGCACCAACCUCCAUGUCGUGGCUCGAAGCAAGAUCGGUCUCACUCUCCUCACGUUCCUCAUCUCUCGCGCCGAGCUUCUUAAGCAGUCAGCUCCCGAGAUGGUUACCGACUGGCAACAAUGGACCGCACUUUACAACCGUCUGUUCGACGUCAUCGAGCCUGUUCUUCCUUAUCUAUUCCCAGGGACCAUCAACGACACCGACGACAUGUACAUCUGGCAGUUCCUGGCUGCAAUGGGUGUCGGCGCCAGUCCUGAGCAGCAACAGAGGUUGGUGCUUGGCGUCAAAGACCGUGUCAUGGAGACGGUCUCUGUUAGCAAGGCUUUGCCCGCUGAGAUGGCAAGUGCACGUACAGCCAACGUGAACCUCUUCAUGAGAGCCAUCGGUCUAGAUGUGGAACUGCUUGGAUGAACACGUUUGAUGAUCAACAUUUGAGCCAUACCAACGCCAUCCAGACGCCAUGCAUCGCGCUAUGCAGUAGGCCGAUGUUCGGAGUACGAAGUUUAUGCCCAAGGGGCUGGACGCCACCGCACUCGAAGGUGCACCACCAAGUUGCACACUCGUCGCUUGGCUGUGGUGUGUACGUUGCACGAUUUUCGCAGAGCGAAAUAUUAGGAAGCUAGCAACGGUGAAGUGGGGUGUGCUGGUGGGCGUUGAUGUCGUGCUCAUGAUGAUGAAAAGGCAUCUGGUGGCGCGUUGACGACGUAGGCGGAAUGUCAACUUAUGAUAGAACAAAAGCGCCCUCUUUCAAUAUUCGAAUAUACGCAUUGAUUUCAUGCAAUGCUCCUCACCUGUCAGUGUCAAAACCUUGAAAGCGUCCUUCUUCCGCGACCGUGCACUUGCGGUUCCCUCU